GGCCAGCCCAGAAAAGCCAGCCUGACAACGACGAUGGCGGACGUGGACCCGGCGGUCCUAAAGCGGCGCCAGUACCUCCGCCUCAAGCAGAUGCAUUACCGCAGCAAGAUUGCCGGCGAGAUAACGGCGCUCAAGGCCGAGGCUGAUAUGCUCCAAGAGCAGCUCGCGCGCCAGCUGCUGUCGCCGACGUCACGGGCGCUGCCGUGGGCCGAGGUCGCGACCGCGCUAGACGUCGACAACAAAGAGAAGCUCAAGAAGCGCAAGAUGCUGCAGCUCCAGCACGCUUCGUACCUGCACCUCGUGGCCAACAUGCGCGCGUGGGUCACCCGCGUCCUGCCGCGGGCGCCGGUGGACCCACCAUGGCGACGAACGUACCUGCCAUUAGACGCCAACACGCGCAAGCUCGGCAUCGACUGGCUCACGCAGCUGCUACUGCACAACACGGACGCGAUGCUGGCCAAGUACAAGUUUGACGCGCUCGAUCCGCACGCGUACUCGAUCGACUUUGGCAUGAGCCUCUCGCCGGACGACCUCUUUGAGUACGUCUGGCGCACGCAAAAGGAGAUGCAGCUGCCCAUGGAAGUGGUCUGCGCGGGCCUGCGACGAUGGAUGAAGCAAUACACGACCGGGUCGGUCUGGGCUGACGUCCAGUCGUCCGAGCUCCUCCACGACGACGCGCUCGAGACCGUACAGGGUGCCACGUAUGCCCAUACAGUGCGCGAGAACCCGACCGAGACGGUCAAUUUUCUAACGCGCGAAUUUCAUCCGCACCCGGACCGUGUUGUGUUUGUCGGCCAAAACAUCCACCACGACGAACGUGUUGCGUCCAGCGUCCACCGGCGCAACCGCAUGUUUUGGUACGUCGUGGACCGCCUAGGUCCCAACACGACUCGAUUUCGGAACCUCGACGUGCUCUCCCACUUCUUCACCGACCACGGCCCCGUGGCGCUGGACGUCGAAGCCAACCUUAUGGGCUUGGAGUCGGCGUCGUUGAUGCCCGAGAUGGACAUGCUUGCAGCGUAUACGCGGCAUGCAACCACCGUGUUCCGUCAAGUCGGACACCGCUCGGACGAGACGCUCUUUGCGCUCCUGGACGCCGACACCAAGCCGUGAAUUCGGAUAUAUUAGCGUAUAUUUAAGUCAACAAACGAAACUAGUACUGGAAAAACGCGGUAGCAACG